UUUAAAAUCCAAAGUAAAGAGGCACGUAGAUGGGGAUUUUACUGGUGUAGUCGAACGCCGCCUCAAAGUGCCUGCAUCGAUAUUCCCAAAUUCAGGAAUGAUUCGGCUGAUUGGGAAACAAAAUGGGCGCAUCCAUAUCCAAAUGGGUCGCUUUUCUUUUCUUCUUCCUCUCUUUUUCUCUGCAACUCGGAGGAGGCGCAGCUUCCUUAGCAGCUCCACAGAUCAAUCAGGAUUUCGAAGAAUCCUUGGCUGCUAGAACUCUUAAACAAGAGCAGGAGGUUGGUCAUGAAAUACAUUGUUCCAGGGAAAGGAGUAGAGCAGCAAGGAAAAUCAUUGAGGAGUAUCUGUUGCCGGUAGUGGAGAAAGAGCGCUAUAAUAUUCCAAGUAGAUGUAGACUCCGUCAUGACAAUGAUUUGUACAGAGAUCAGGAACAACAUAAGAUCCAUGUAGAUAUAAAUGAAUGGCAAUGCGGAUACUGUAAAAAGAUCUUCUAUGCUGAAAAUUAUCUCGAUCAGCAUUUUGACAACAGGCAUUAUGAUUUACUAGAUGUGAGUCAUGACAAGUGCUUGGCAGAGGUAUGUGGGGCAUUGCAUUGUGACCUCAUGAUGGGUUCCAAGUCGCAAAAGACCAAGUGCAAUCCUGCAGCUGCUGCUAGGAAUCGCCACUUCUGUGAGAGCCUUGCUGAUAAUUGUUUUCCAGUCAAUGAGGGUCCUUCAGCAAGUCGUCUCCAUGAAUUCUUCUUGCAUCAAUUUUGCAAUGCCCAUACCUGCACUGGAGAUCAAAAACCCUUCUCCAGGGGACAAAGGAAACGCACAAGCAUAAUCUACCUUUCAAUUACCAUUUUGACACUGAUGCUGGUGCCCAUGUUCUAUGUCUUCAUUUAUUUGUACCAGAGGGGACUGAGGAGGAGCACUCAAGAUCUGAAGCGCAUCUCUCAAGCUGGACGGAAGAAAAAAUCUUAUUAGUUGGUAUUGAUUUUCAUGUUUUGAGUGAUUGAGUCUUGAAUAGAGCAACAUUCAGGGGAAAGAACAAGAAUUGCAACAGGGCAGUUGGCAGAAACUCAAUUUUAACUUAACCGAAAAUAAAUAAUUAAAUCUCCAUAUCUCAGAUCUGUUCCACAGUUCCACUAUAAUGUAGCAGGCAUUAUUUUAACAUUCUCAGUUUUGAGGACUGGAAACUGCUUUUAUCUGCAUUUCCAUGUUCAAAUAGAACUGCAGGCAGAAAAUGAAAGGGGGGUGUGUUAUUUUACGAUAAAUUAUAAAUGCUCUGAUAAGAAUUUUUCUA